AUGAAACAUAAGAAAUCAAACAAUGACGUCAUGCUUACUGAAUCCCCUAAAAGAAGACAUAUAACAAUGUAUUUAUUAACGGGUGACAGUUCGCCAUUUUACAGAAGUCAAUAUAGAGUCACGUGGAAAAUAUCGGAUUAUUGUCACGAAAUUGGUAAAUUCAAAAUAAAAAUUGUCGGUAGUAAAGGUUCGACGGAAUUAUUAAACAUGGGUAACAGAGUUCAAUAUUACGAUUCAGGUUCGGAACAUCGAAAGGUUGUCGGUGGUUCAAACGUUGGAAAUUUACAAUCCGUUUUUUUAGAAUGGUCUAACGAAGUUGAAAUAUUCAAUCCGUUAACGUGGAGAAUUCACGAAACUACGAUAUCAAUAAGUUCGAUAAGAAUCGAUAGUUUAGAAACAGGAGAAAGCAUAACGAUGUGCGAACCUGAUAACGUUAUAUUAAAUGCCAAAAAUCCGGUACAGUUAAAAAUGUGCAUGCAAAAAUAA